AUGCCCAGCCCUGUGGUCUGCCAACUAACAGGACGGCCCGUGGUCCGGUCCGUAAACAAGGUCGAGCACGAAAGAGGCAGAAGCAGCCGACGCGUGCCAGGUCUGCACUACAAGCAGGCCAACAGGCUAGCAGCGAGGUUGAGCUAUCAUCUCAGCGACAGACGAGCGGCCAAUCAUCGACUCUUGGAGCUGGAAGAACUACGGGGGCAUGUGCGAGCGGGCGUAGGACGCAACCCAGCAUUCGCAGGCGAAGGAGUCAGUGGGAGUUGGUAG